CCUCUUUUCGCAUUUUAUUUGCGAUAUGGUCGGCCAUCACUAUCUAGUCGUCAUUGUCGCGUAUCUGUUCUCGCAUCUCAUUCUCCCGGUGAAAAGUGUUUCUUUUACGAAUGGUUCACUGGACUCUGGAUCGGUGGGCGGGUUUUGGAAGUAUUCAGAGGUGGUAGACGGUGCAAAAGAGCUGGCAAGCAAGUUUCCACAGUUGGUCGAGUACAAGUCCAUUGGGGCGUCCGUUGAAAACAGCGAUAUCCCUGCUCUCCUCAUUACAAACAAAAAAGAUACCACGAUCCCUGUAGAUCGGAGACCAUCUGUGCUUUUUGCUUCAACGCUGCGCGGCGACGAGCCACUGUCCCUCGCCGCGGUCCUGCAUGCUAUUCGGCACUUGACGUCAGAUCCUCAACCGGAUCCCAUCGUUCCGCUCAUGCUUUCCACUACAAAGCUGUGGUUUAUCCCAAUUGUCAACGUAGACGGUUGGGCUGCAGCAACCCCACAAUCCUACGUUGGAAAAAAUUUGCGAAAAACAUGUAAAAACCAAACAGCUGCUGGAGUGGAUCUGUCCAGGAACUGGGGAUAUAUGUGGGACACCUAUCUCCCAGAUAGAGACUUGAAGCAAAACACACAAGAGUACGAAGAUACCUGUUCGCCCUUCUAUCAUGGAACACUUCCAUUUAGCGAACCUGAGACGGACGCCCUGCAGAGAUUCAUCAAAAAGGAGAAACCCGCAUCAACCAUCUUCUUUCGACAAACUGUGGCAGAACAGCCAGCCAUCAUUAUCCCUUACAUGUUUCAUCCAUCCAACUCUUCCACUCAGUCAAGUGUACUCAAGAUGAUGGGGACAGAGGAUGCCAACGUUUAUUCUCAGUUGACGGGGGCCAUGAAUGAUGCGGCGGGGAAAAUGUACAGCGUGGGAUCGGCGUGGGAAUUGUUGAAGCGGACCAUAUCCGGGUCCGAAGUGGACUGGACCUUUGAUCAAGCGGGCUCAUUUGCGGUCAUGGUUCAGGUGGCUGGGGAUGUGGCCAAGGAUGGCAUUGAAAAGAUUGUGGAAAAGCAUUUGAAUGCCACGCUAACCUUUGCCAGCAUAGCACGCUCUCUGCCUGCAAAAUCUGCAAAACCAGGCAAAUCUAUUGUCAAGCAUAUCCAAACCGCUGUGUAUAUCCUACCCAUGAUCCUGGGCGCUGUCCUUGCACUCAUUCUUCUGAUUGGAUACAUGAUUGCAAGAUUCUUGGGAUACGACAAGAUUUGGGAUCGAUUUGUAUUUUUUGUUCACCGACUCAAGCGGUGGAGAAUGUACCGCAACUACCGAGGCCUUGCACCUACUGGAAAGUAUGGGGAUGAUGAGGAGGUGGGUGGGGAAGACGAUGGGGUGGAUUGGGGGUUUGAGCUCGAGGGUGGUGAAGAUGACGAUGGCGAGGAUUUGGGAUAUCGAAUGUAGAUUAGGGUGCAUUUUUUUUUUCGCUUUUGCAUUGCCACUUCAGUCAUUUUCUUGUUUAAUUUGCCAUUUGAUUGCUAGCAGGGUAUGGAAAUAAUGUAAAUAGAAUAGAUUAAUAUUUCUAUACAAAAGCACAUUGUUUGUCCAA